UCAAUAACAGAAACCACCCCUCUCCAUCUCCAUCGCCAUCUUCUUCCUCACUUUCCUCAAAACAAAAAAGAAGAAAAUCAGCAAUGGAUUCAAAUGCAAAGAAGUCCAACAAAAUCAGAGACAUCGUACGGCUUCAACAGAUCCUGAAGAAAUGGCGGAAGCUAGCAAACUCAUCGAAGACGGCGAAUAAAAUCACGGGCACGGCGGCGGGACCUGCCGGAAAGAGCAUAAAGUUUCUGAAACGGACUUUAUCGUCGGCUGGCGGGGAAGUGCCGAAAGGGUAUUUGGCAGUGAGUGUAGGGGAAGAGCAAAAGCGAUUUGUUAUACCGACGUCGUAUUUAGGGCAUCCGGCGUUUGAGAUUCUGUUGAGAGAAGCGGAGGAGGAAUUUGGGUUUCAACAAACGGGGGUUUUGAGGUUGCCGUGUGAAGUAUUUGUGUUUGAAAAUGUGGUGAAAUUGGUGGAGGAAAAGAAGAAAGGGGAUUUGUUGUUAGGAGGGGAAGAGGUUUUGAAUUUUUGUUCAUUGGAAUCGUUGCAGUUAACGCCGUCAUCACACCGUCCACAGAGUCCAAUGUGCAGAUAGAAGAAGAAAGAAGAAGAAAACAGUCUUUUUUUCUCUCUUUUGAUUCCUCCUUUACUAUUAUUUUUUUUUGGAUGAGGUAGAUCAAAUGUAUGAAGAAAAGAGGA